AUGGAACCAAUCAUCUUAAGCGAUAAUGUAAUUGAUAAUAAAUCAUUGCGAAUAGGAGUUCUGGCCUUGCAAGGUGGAUUCAUUGAACAUGUAAAUAUGAUCAGAUCACUCGGUGCUCAAUGUCAAGAGCUCAGAUCAUCAGCACAAAUCAAACAAUAUAAACCACAUGGAUUGAUUCUACCUGGUGGCGAGAGUACUGCCAUGGCAAUCAUUGCUUCCAACGACCCAGAGUUAUUCCCACUAAUCAAAGAUCUGGUACAUAAAGAAGGUGUAUCAGUAUAUGGUACUUGUGCAGGUUGUAUCAUGUUAAGUGAUAAUGUAGAAAAACAAAAACAAGGAGGACAAACAUUAAUAGGUGGAUUAGAUUUAACAAUCAGUAGAAACUACUUUGGUAGACAGAUUAAUAGUUUUGAAACAGUUUUGAAAUUAAAGAUUGGUGGAGAGGAUCACGGUGAAGUUGUAGAUUUCCCCGGUAUUUUUAUCAGAGCACCAGCUAUACUCUCUGUGAAUAACCCAGAAAUAAAGAUUCUAGGAGAAUUCCAACAUGUAAAGAAGGAUAAAACAACUGAAACCAUCAUCACAGGUGUCUCUUACAAGAAUAUGGUAACAACAGUUUUCCAUCCAGAGUUGACAAAUGACAACCGAUUCCAUAAAUAUUUUAUUGACAUAGUAAAGCGAAAUGUUAAAUAA